CACAUUUGUAUAUAAACUGAAUAUUUGUGUAUACAAUCCAGUGUACUGUUUGUACUAUAAAGACCCGAUCUUUUAAAUUGUUUAGUUUUCCAAGUGUAAAUGUUUAAAGUAUGAUGAAGGAGCAGAGUGAGAAUAAUUCUGGCAGUCCGGCGUCGUCGGUAGUGCUCCAGCAGCAUUUGCACGGCUUACACAUCCACCAGAACCCGCCGGAGUCCAUCAGGCUCCACCAGAACCAUGCCGGCGUCAUCCUGCCCGCCGGCGACCAGCAGCAGCAGCAACAAAACUCGCCGCAGGUCGUCGAAUCCACGCACGACGACUCGAAACCCACCAGCAGCGACAAGAAAUCCGGCAUCAGACGCCAGGAGAAGCCGCCGUACUCCUACAUCGCCCUCAUCGUGAUGGCCAUCCAGCACUCGCCCACCAAGCGGUUGACCCUCAGCGAGAUCUACACGUUCCUGCAGCAACGGUUCCCGUUCUUCAGGGGCACCUACCAGGGCUGGAAGAACUCCGUGCGCCACAAUCUGUCGCUCAACGAGUGCUUCAUCAAGCUGCCGAAGGGCCUCGGCCGGCCGGGCAAGGGCCACUACUGGACGAUAGAUCCGGCCAGCGAGUUCAUGUUCGAGGAGGGCUCGUUCCGGCGGCGGCCGCGCGGCUUCCGCCGGAAGUGCCAGGCCAUGAAGCCGCAGUACCAUCCGGGAUCGUUCUUCGCCAAUCAGAUGGUCAACCAGACGGCCUACGAUCACCAGGCGCUCAUCCAGGCGCAGGAGUACAACAAUUGUUCGUACAACAACGGCGCCGCGGCGCAGGUGCCGGCCGUGUCGAGCGGUCACUAUUCCAAUUACGAGUACCCGUCGGUGUACCAGCAGCAGUGCGAUCGCGAUUGGAGCACCGCCGGUUUGUUGCCGGCUUAUUCGGACAGCACGAUCAGCAGUACUUACAUGAAGGCGCCCCUGAGCCCGAUGCCCGACAACCAGGACGCCCCGUCGCCGGCGCUCAACGACGGGUACUAUUCCUACGGCGGAAUUAGCACCACUUCGUCCGAAAAUAUGAUGAGGCCAUCAAGUAACCCGGUGCAGCAAAUUCAAUGUGAUAGAAAACCGUAUUUGAGCCCGCCGCCCCCGACGAUUCCGGCGUCGCUGCCGUCGCCGGCGUCGGCAGGCAACGCGCACGCCUUCUACGAAAGCGCCGCCGUCAAGUACACCAUGUAAUUUAUACGAAUUUUUAUUUAUUAUAAUCCAGAAGAGGCCUGUAUUGGAUACUCCGUUAAGACGACGUAAGUGUAUAAUUAAAUCCCUAAUUAGUAUACCGAAUAGUUUUAAGUUUUACGGCGAAUUAAUUAAUUUAUUUGGUGAAAUAUUCGAUGUUAUAGUUACCGUUUCAUGUACCUUUUAAAUUGGAAUUUAAACGCAUCAUUUUUAUUUGUUGUAAAUAGUGUAUUAGGAGUGAGUAAGUUU